AUGGACGUGGUCGUGGACGGGGACGCGGACGUGGACAUGGACGGGGACGCGGACGGGGACGGGGACGUGGACGUGGACGUGGUCGUGGACGUGGUCGGGGACGUGGACGUGGUCGUGGACGUGGACGUGGACGUGAACGUCGUGGACGUGGACGUGGUCGUAAACGUGGUCGUGGACGUGGACGUGGACGUGGACUUGGACGUGGACCUGGACGUGGACGUGGCCGUGGACGUGGACGUGGACGUGGUGGACGUGGACGUGGCUGUGGACGUGGACGUAGACGUGGACGUGGACGUGGUCGUAGACGUGGGCGUGAACGUGGACGUGGAGAUGGACGUGGACGUGGUCAUGGAUGUGGACGUGGUCGUGGAUGUGGACGUGGACGUGGACGUGGACGUGGACGUGGUCGUGGACGUUGAGGACUUGGACGUGGACGUGGUCGUCCACGUGGACGUGGACGUGGAUGUGGUUGUGGUCGUGGUCGUGGAUGUGGACGUGGACGUGGACGUGGAUGUGGACGUGGUCCUGGACGUGGUCGUGGACGUGGUCGUGUACGUGGUCGUCCACGACGUGGACCUGGACGUGGUCGUGGACGUGGACGUGGACGUGGACGUGGUGGACGUGGACGUGGCCGUGGACGUGGACAUGGACGUGGACGUGGUCGUGGACGUGGACGUGGACGUGGACGUGGUCGUGGGCGUGGACGUGGACGUGGACGUUGUGGACGUGGACGUGGACAUGGAGGACGUGGACGUGGACGUGGACGUGGACGUGGAGGUGGACGUGGACGUGGACGUGGUCGUGGACGUGGAGGACUUGGACGUGGACGUGGAUGUGGUCGUCGACGUGGACGUGGUCGUGGACGUGGUCGUGGACGUGGACGUGGACGUGGACGUCGUGGACGUGGACGUGGACGUGGUCGUGGACGUGGACGUGGACUUGGACGUGGACUUGGACGUGGACGUGGACGUGGUCGUGGACGUGGUGGACGUGGACGUGGCCGUGGACGUGGACGUGGACGUGGACGUGGUGGACGUGGACGUGGCUGUGGAGGACGUGGACGUGGACGUGGACGUGGACGUGGUCGUGGACGUGGUCGUGGACGUGGACGUGGAGAUGGAGGUAGACGUGGUCGUGGACGUGGACGUGGUCGUGGACGUGGAUGUGGACGUGGACGUGGAGGUGGUCAUGGAAGUGGACGUGGUCGUGGACGUGGAGGACUUGGACGUGGACAUGGUCGUCCACGUGGACGUGGACGUGGUUGCGGUCGUGGUCGUGGAUGUGGACGAGGACGUCGACGUGGACGUGGACGUGGUCGUGGACGUGGUCCUGGACGUGGUCGUCCACGACGUGGACUUGGACGUGGACGUGGACGUGGUCGUCCACGACGUGGACCUGGACGUGGACGUGGACGUGGACCUGGACAUGGACGUGGACGUGAACGCGGACGUGGACGUGGUCGGGGACGUGGACGUGGACGUGGACACGGACGUGGACGUCGUCGGGGACGUGGACGUGGACGUUGACGCGGUCGUGGACGUGGUCGUGGACGUGGACGUGGAUGUGGACGUGGACGUGGACGUGGACGCGGACGUGGACGCGUUCGUGGACGUGGUCGUGGACGUGGUCGUGGACGUGGACGUGGACGUGGUCGUGGACGUGGUCGUGGACAUGGUCCUGGAUGUGGACGUGGACGCGGUCGUGGACGUGGACGUGGACGUGGACGUGGUGGACGUGGACGUGGACGUGGACGUGGACAUGGUCGUGGACGUGGUCGUGGACGUGGAUGUGGAGAUGGACGUGGACGUGGUCGUUGACGUGGACGUGGUCGUGGUCGUGGACGUGGACGUGGACGUGGAGGUGGUCGUGGACGUGGAGGACUUGGACGUGGACGUGGUCGUCCACGUGGACGUGGACGUGGACGUGGUUGUGGUCGUGGUCGUGGAUGUGGACGUGGACGUCGACGUUGACGUGGACGUGGACGUGGUCCUGGACGUGGACGUGGACGUGGUGGACGUGGACGUGGCCGUGGACGUGGACGUGGACGUGGUCGUGGACGUGGUCAUGGACGUGGACGUGGAGAUGGAUGUGGACGUGGUCGUGGACGUGGACGUGGACGUGAACGUGGUCGUGGUCGUGGACGUGGACGUGGACGUGGAGGUGGUCGUGGACGUGGACGUGGUCGUGGGCGUGGAGGACGUGGACGUGGACGUGGUCGUCCACGUGGACGUGGACGUGGACGUGGUUGUGGUCGUGGUCGUGGAUGUGCACGUGGACGUGGACGUCGACGUGGACGUGGACGUGGUCCUGGACGUGGACGUGGACGUGGUCGUGGACGUUGUCACGGGCGCCUAUCUCUAUGGGCGCCUAUCUCUAGGGGCGCCUAUCUCUAGGGGCGCCUAUCUCUAUGGGCGCCUAUCUCUAGGGGCGCCUAUCUCUAUGGGCGCCUAUCUCUAUGGGCGCCUAUCUCUAGGGGACCAGGCCCAUACGCCCAUACGUUUGCACCUGGUCCGAGGACCAGGCCCAUACGACCAAGCCCAUACGUUUGCACUUUCCAUCACCCAACCCCAUUCUCCCUCCUUCUAUCUCCCCGCCCCAUUCUCCCGUUUUCCAUCACCCCGCCCCAUUCUCCCGCUUUCCAUCACCCCCGCCCCAUUCUCCCGCUUUCCAUCACCCCGCCCCAUUCUCCCGCUUUCCAUCACCCUGCCCCAUUCUCCCUCUUUCCAUCACCCCGCCCCAUUCUCCCUCUUUCCAUCACCGCGCCACAUUCUCCCUCUUUCCAUAACCCCGCCCCAUUCUCCCGCUUUCCAUCACCCCGCCCCAUUCUCCCGCUUUCCAUCACCCCGCCCCAUUCUCACGCUUUCCAUAUUCCCGCCCCAUUCUUCCGCUUUCCAUCACCCCGCCCCAUUCUCCCUCUUUCUAUCACCCCGCCCCAUUCUCCCGCUAGCCAUCACCCCGCCCCAUCUCCCGCUUUCCAUCACCCCGCCCCAUUCUCCCGCUUUCCAUCACCCUGCCCCAUUCUCCCGCUUUCCAUCACCCCACGCAGUUCUCCCGCUUUCCAUCACCCCGCCCCAUUCUCCCGCCACCCCGCCCCAUUCUCCCGCUUUCUAUCACCCCGCCCAGUUCUCCCGCUUUCCAUCACCCCGUCCGAUUCACCCGCUUUCCAUCACCCCGCCCCAUUCUCCCGCUUUCCAUAUUCCCGCCCCAUUCUUCCGCUUUCCAUCACCCCGCCCCGUUCUCCCUCUUUCUAUCACCCCGCCCCAUUCUCCCGCUAGCCAUCACCCCGCCCCAUUCUCCCGCUUUCCAUCACCCCGCCCCAUUCUCCCGCUUUCCAUCACCGCGCCCUGUUCUCCCCGCUUUCCAUCACCCCGCCCCAUUCUCCCUCUUUCCAUCAACCUGCCCAUUCUCCCUCUUUCCAUCACCGCGCCCCAUUCUCCCUCUUUCCAUAACCCCGCCCCAUUCUCCCGCUUUCCAUCACCCCGCCCCAUUCUCCCGCUUUCCAUCACCCCGUCCCAUUCUCCCGCUUUCCAUCUGCCCGCCCCAUUCUCCCGCUUUCUAGCACCCCGCCCCAUUCUCCCGCUUUCUAUCACCCCGCCCCAUUCUCCCGCUUUCCAGCACCCCGCCCCGUUCUCCCGCUUUCCAUCACCCCGCCCUAUUCUCCCGCUUUCGACCACCCCGCCCCAUUCUCCCGCUUUCUGUCAUCCUCCCCAUUCUCCUGCUUUCCAUCAACCCACCCCAUUCUCCCUCUUUCCAUCACCCCGCCCCAUUCUCCCGCUUUCCAUCACCCGCCCCAUUCUCCCGCUUUCCAUCACCCCGCCCUUUUCUCCCGCUUUCCAUCACCCGCCCCAUUCUCCCGCUUUCCAUCACCCCGCCCCAUUCUCCCGCUUUCCAUCACCUCGCCCCAUUCUCCCGCUUUCCAUCACCCCGCCCCAUUCUCCCGCUUUCCAGCACCCCGCCCCAUUCUCCCGCAUUCCAUCACCCCGCCCGAUUCUCCUGCUUUCCAUCAAACCUCACAAUUCUUCCGCUUUCCAUCAUCCCGCCCCAUUCUCCCUCUUUCUAUCACCCUGCCCCAUUCUCCCACUUGCCAUCACCCCGCCCCAUUCUCCCGCUUUCCAUCACCCCGCCCCAUUCUCCCUCUUUCCAUCACCCCGCCCCAUUCUCCCUCUUUCCAUAACCCCGCCCCCAUUCUCCCGCUUUCCAUCACCCCCGCCCCAUUCUCCCGCUUUCCAUCACCUCGCCCCAUUCUCCCGCUUUCCAUCACCCCGCCCCAUUCUCCCUGUUUCCAUCACCCCGCCCCAUUCUCCCUCUUUCCAUCACCGCGCCCCUUUCUCCCUCUUUCCAUAA